UGCGCUUGUUUUCAUCUGAUGGACGACAAGAGUAAUGUGAAGAAGGAAAUAGAUGGAUCCCUUGCACCCCGUCCUCGCAAGGGAGGACUUAAAUUCGCACCCAGGAAGCCUCCAAAGAAACCUGCAAAGGUCAUUCCGAAAACGGAGCCUGUUGAGGAGAGCAAGGAUGAAAUCAUUGAUAAGGAAUUGCUGAUGAAACUCAAGACAUCACAGAGCACUGAUCCCUUUGGAAGAAGACCGAAGAUUGAGAAAAAGGAAAACCAUACAGAGGUCGCAUUUGGACAAGGGAAUUCUUCCUAUGCAAGAUCGUUUCCUACUCGACAUUAUGCAGCAGCACCAAAAGAACCAAAAGAAUAUGUCGAUCCAUGGGACUAUACACAUAGCGAUUAUCCUAUUACUCUCCCACUUAGGAGGCCCUACUCUGGGGAUCCUGAAAUUCUUGAUGAAGAGGAAUUUGGAGAGUCUUCUGCCAGCAGAGCUCAGGAUGAUGAAUUAACUGCAGCAGACGAACUUGGAUUAAUGGAACGGUCCGACACACCGCAGUUACUCUUCUUCCAGUUACCUUCAUCUCUUCCUUUACCAAAGCAGACACAAGUUGAAGAGACAGAUAUGGGCUCCGAGGAGAAUGCUGAACCUCAAAACGCAAGCUCUAAAGUGGCACGCAAUCAAAGAAGGCCAUCAUCAUUGCCUGGCUCUAAGAUCAAAGAUUUACCAGCAGGUCACAUGGGGAAGAUACUCGUAUAUAAAAGCGGUAAAGUGAAGAUGAAGAUCGGAGAUGCUCUGUUUGAUGUAUCUCCUGGCUCAAACUGCAUGUUCGUCCAGGAGGUUGCAGCGAUUAACACCAGAGAAAAACACUGCUGCACCCUUGGAGAGAUCAGUAAGCGUGUGGUUAUAACCCCGGAUGUUGACUAUCUGCUUGAUCCUACUGAUAAGAUGGAGGAAUCGGGUCAAAUACGGUGCAACUACCAAAGGAUGAGAGAGAAGGGCGACGGAGGAGGCGAUUUUGAAUUCCCCCCCGGCGGAGGCUCGUACUCGGCGGCGUCUGGAGCUGGUGGCGCGGGAAGCACGGCGCGCUGCUCGUCGGCGCCGGCGGGAGCGCCGGGGGGGCGCUUCUGGGCCCCCUGCGGUGAGGAGGACGGGGCUUGCUCGUCGGAGGACGAGGGGUCAGAUCUGGCCGGGGGCUCGGCAGCGAGGGAGCUAGCGGGGUCGGAGGAGUGGUCUCCUCGCCGGCAACGGGCGGUGGUGCGCCUGGGCGAUUUCAUCGAGCGGGCGGAGGAGCUUGGGGGCUCGCUCCGCCACCGGCGGCGAACGGCGUUCGCUCCGGGCGGAAGGGCUUCGAGGUUCCGGGCCAGUUCUGCUCCGCGAUUCACUCGACUGGGUGAUGACGGGGCUCGCCACGGGGGAUGGCGCGGCGGGGGCCGGAGAGGAGCGCCGGAGGCUGCCGGGUUGUGGGGUGGCACCGCAGGGAGCGACUGGCCGCCGCCAUCGCCGGAGCCGCCGCGAGCUUCGGGCAGCGUGCUUCCGCCUGGGGAGAAGGGGUUGCACCCACUGCGGGCCGGGGAUGGGCCGUCGGUGAUGCUCACUGGGCCGGUGGUGGGCCUCGCGGUGGAAGAGGCGGUACACCCCCUCCUCCUCCUUGGGCCGCCUUUGGGGGAGUUUGGGCGGCUCCGGUGCGACUGGUGGGCCUGGAGGAGGACCAAGGGGAUGGCCCAAGGUGGUUGUGGAUGCCCAGGGGUUGCACCACACCCUCUUUAG